UCUUUCAUGCUCCUGCUUGGUCAGUUUAAGUUGUGCUUUGACUUGGUUCCUCUUAACAUUGCAAUUCAAAUAGGGAACUUUUUACUGCACCCAGCAUUGUAACUCUUUGUACUGCUUAAGGAGCACCUGAAAUGCUCCUGAAUCAUUUUUCUGAAUAUCUUCACUGCUUGCUUAAAUACGCUCUUGCAACAGUAAUCUAUUUUUACCCAGUGAUUUUCUAAAGAGGAACUAUUGGUUGUUGGAUCAUUGACAACCUUGAAUUUAUAUAUGAACAGCAGGUGGCGCUCAUACACUGAAUUUUCAAAAGGCACAAAAGCUGAAGUCCUCUGGCAAAAUCAGCAAACCUGCCUUGAGAUUUUCUGCCAUGGUCUACUCAUUCCGCCACAUUCUCAUAUCUUCAUGUCUAAAAUUUUGACUAAUUACUAGUAAGUGAAUUAUAUGUAGGCGUUAAUAUAUACAUAAAUGUAACUACUUAAACUAACUUAAAGAAGACCUGCCUAAUUAGGCUGGUGCAUUUGUUGGUUGUCCUAUCCUAAAUAAUUUUUUUGGACAAGCGGUAGUAGCUAUACAGCGCUUUAAGUUGGAUGAAGGAGUCCAGUUAUCAACACGACUGAAGCCUAUUUUUCGAAUAUAAAAAGGACGGACAGUCUGAGCAGAGGUGUGAAACUUCAAUCCAGUAAACUGAGCCCCGCCCUUCAGUCUAGAGGUGGGCUGGCUAGAUGACUGAGGAGAGCGCAAUGAGUGGGGAAUCACAAUGGGUACGGAUACCGUGCGCGAAGGGGCCGCUUUCUAAGUUCGUUCCGAAAACAUCAUUUUUCAUGGACAGGGUGUGAUACGGGUCGUGUGAGCAUGGAGAGAAUCUGACACACACAAAAGCAUCAGAAGACAGCCUACAGCAAGCACUUGGAAUUCGUUUUUCUUUCAGUAGGCUGCGUUGGAGGCAGAAGCAUCCUCACCACGAGGAAGCUAAAACUUGAGGACCUAUGUAAUCUGUUAUCGCGGUUUGACACAGGAGUGAUAUAGCAUGGACUUAAUCAGAACUGCAUACGAUGGACAUGUCUGAUUCUCACUACAGGACACACAAAGGCAACCUGUAAUACGAUUUACAUUUCAUUGAUUAAGCCGGAGAGUGUGAGAAGUGUCUUGAACAAAUUCACAUGCGUGGUCUACCUCAGGGACUUGCAUGAUUUGCUUACUCAGUCAAAUACGCUUGUGUGUGAUCUAUAAUUGCAAGGGACGAAAGUUAUCAGCAGUUCACCGUAUCUGGGGAAUUCGGCUCUGAACUGGAAUUAUAAUGGAUUCCUUUACACGGAUGCGUCUUCAUUUCACCACAGAGACGUUUUAAACGAGUUAUUAGAAAUCCAAUACUGAGAUGUUGACAUAUCUUGAUCUUGAUAUAUUGAAGUAAUACAAGCAAUAUUGUAGGUAACUAAAAUGUAUUGUCGCUUUCAAAUUGACGUGGGCUUGAACGACCAUCGGCCCCCAAGCAUUGGGUAAUUCUAUUCUGUAAAGCAACAUUUACACAAUGAAAGAUUGUCGGACAGGUAUACGAUAAACUUCAAAUAGUUUAUAACUUGAGAAAGAACUCUGAGGCUCAUAAUAUGUGCAGUCGUGGACGAACUUGUGCUAUGGAGUUGGCAUUGAUUGCCGUUACCUUUUUGUUUUGGGAAUCUGUGUGGGCUGACGACAAAAUCAUUACAGACAGACAUGCGGUCUACUGGAACAGUUCUAACUCCAGGUUUUGGCAUGGGGAGUACACCGUGGCGGUCAGUAUCAACGACUACUUGGACGUCUACUGCCCAUACUACGACACCCCUCAGCCGCACAGUCGGAUGGAGCGCUACAUCCUCUUCAUGGUGAACCAUGACGGCUACGCCACCUGCGAGCACCGCAUGCGAGGCUUCAAGCGCUGGGAGUGCAACCGGCCACAGAGCACCGACGGCCCCUUGCGCUUCUCCGAGAAGUUCCAGCUCUUCACGCCCUUCUCUCUGGGCUUCGAAUUCCGCCCGGGACACGAGUACUACUACAUCUCUUCUCCACAUCCCAACCAUGCAGGGAUGCCUUGUCUGAAGCUGAAGGUGUAUGUAAAGCCAACUACUCUUCCACUUCUUGUGUUGUGCUGUCUCUCUGUGUUCCUGUGCUUUCAGAUGGCUCGAGUUACGAGUCUCCAGAGCCCUUCCUGAUUGACGAGGGCCCGAGCUGGAGAGCGCAGGCCCCCCGCCUCUCCCUGGUGCUGGCCCCGCUGCUGCUGCUGCUGCUGCUGGCCUCUGUGUGAAGACCUCCAGCCUGUGACCACUCGGGCUCCUUUACCUGGAGCCCUGGAUGCUCCCACCACCCUCUCUCUCCUCCUUCUCCCCCUCCGCUUUCUUUGCCCUCCCCUCUCCCCUCUUCUCCCCGACUUCUCUUCCCCUUUCCCAUUUCCCCUGGCCCAAUUCCCUCAGGGACACCCUCUCGACCCACACCACCACACACACCGAACAAAUGAGCACUGAGUGUGGAUGUGUGUGAGUGUGUGUGUGUGUGUGUGUGUGUGUGUGUGUGUGUGUGUGUGUGUGUGUGUGUGUGUGUGGGUGUGUGCGACACUGUGACAAAUAGAAAAACCGCAGACACCUGGGGCCUGCCAAGCAUUUUAGAGAAUCAUAUCUGGUGAAACUUUUCUUGAAAUUCACAAAAACUCUGAUUUCUGUUGGUUGUCGCAUUCUGAGGCCUAGGUUAAUUCCAUCACCUGUGUCACAGCUGUCACCCCCCGCAAAUGUUAUUUUGGCUGGACAGUUCUUCGAUGUAACAGCCCACAUUCAGGAUUCACACUUUCAGCCAGCUGGAUCAAGAGGGCAUUAGCCCAAGGGAUCCCAUUAAAUAUGGCUUCUAAUGACACCAAAGGACUUGAGCUGUCUGCGUGUGUACAUGAAAGAUAAGGAAGAGAAGGCUUUGGAGUCUGAACAUCAGGCAGAUGGACAUCAUGAGAGAGCCACUUGCAUGGACACUGUGACAAAUAAAAUGAAUUAAAAAAAUGUAUUAAUAAUGAAAAAGAAAAACACUGACCUUCUUAAUGAUAUAUUUUUACUCAGAAAUACAGAGAAGUGUGAUCAAAUAAAAAAAAAAAGCCUCUUAGACUUAUUAGCUGCUGCGCUGUGCUUCGCCUAUGGCUCUGGAGCCUUCUCACUCAUCACGACUGCUUUUGCCUAUGAGUUUGGUCUGCCACAGCACAAAAUGCCACUUAUGGUGCUUUAUCCCUGCUGGAGAGAGCCUAAGCGGGGUCUGACACAGGCCGCCGCAUAUCCAUCUGGAGAACACAGAUCAACACGGUCAGUUUGCCGCGCUGAGGAAUGCCAGACACUAAUGCUGCAAAAUGAAGCUUUGAUCAUCUGAAAACUUUGAAGGCACACACACACACACACAUAUGGUGGAA